AGUUUUCGCAAGAGCGGGAAAAAGAUCAACGAAUACAAUGAAACAUUUAGCUUAAACUUGGUAAUCAACUUUAGAAUUACAGUAAGAGCUUAGUUUGUAUGCUAUAUUUUCUAGCAAUAAACAUGUUAAGACUUCUUUUAGUGGCUACUAAAAUUUUGCGCGUAAUCUUGUUGGUCCAAAGUACGAAGAAUUAUUACUUCCUAAAUGUUAUAUCUUUUAUAUAGCAUGAUCAAUUUUGUGUAAAAUUUUAUUGAGCGUAAAUGCUUGAUAGUAUAAGUUUGUUCUAUAUCUUUUUUUAAAGUAUAAGUUUAAAAUGUUUACAGCUCGCAGCGCCACCAGGUGUACAGAUGGUUUUAUAAUAUUUUUGUUGUUUUAAGACACUUUUCGUCAUAAAAGAUACUAAACAGUGCCUGCCAAAAAAUAUAUUUUUUAAAUCUUUAACAUUAUUUUAAUUUAUAUUACAGGAAUAUGAAGAGUUUGUUAUUUCUAUUUUCGGCGCAUGCGCAAAGGUACGAUUUGUAGAGAGCGCUAGUAGUUGUCAACACAAUAUCGCUCAUUCGGCGGAAAAAAAGGGAUUUCUUUGAAAAUGGCAGCCCAUUUGGCUCAAACGAGCGAUGCCUGCCGUCAAUAUCUUCUGCUCGUUGGAGAUUCCAGCGUUCAAGUUGAGAAAAGGGCUAAAGCUGCCUCGGAACUCGCGGAUCACAUAGAACAAGUCGCUUCAUACACUAGCUUUUCAGUUUUGAUCAAUGAUUUCUUAAGAGUUUUUACAAGUAUCAUGAAAGAAAUAGAGCCAAAUUUCAUAAGCGAAAAUCCUUAUCAGUUGUUGAGGAAACAUAUGCUGGAGUGCAUUCACAGGAUACCUGCGAAUGAAAUUGUCAGACCUCUUGUUAAAAAUAUUUUAAAUAGCAUGUUUCAAUUGAUCGACAUUGACAAUGAGGAAAAUGUUCUAAUUUGUUUAAGAAUAAUAAUAGAAAUGCACAAACAAUAUAGACCUCAAAUUUCUCAAGAGAUUCAUCGAUUUCUCAUUUUGGUGAAGAGAAUUUACGAAGACGUUCAAAAACCUAUAAACUUAGGCAAAAUAUUUGAACCCCAAACGAGCUUGCGAAUAAAGGAUAUAGCAGAUGUUGAUAUUCCAACUCUAUUAAACGAAACUUAUACAAGUGUAACCGUCCAUUACGAAAAGCGAGACGGUACUGGAACUGCAACGAGUGUCGUACUUCCAAGAGCAACGAUGUCAUUAAAAGUUAUGGCUGAACUACCGAUUAUUGUGGUUUUGAUGUACCAGUUGUACAAACAAAAUGUUCUUAAUGAAGUCUCAGAUUUUAUUCCAUUAAUAAUGAAAACUAUUUUAUUACAACCAACACCAGCGCAAAGGUCCAAUGCAAAUUUUAACAAAGAAAUAUUUUGUGAUUUUGUUGCUGCUCAGAUAAAGACUCUUUCUUUUAUUGCUUUUAUUAUACGAUUUUAUCAAGAAAUUAUUAAUCAACACCACGAACCUUUAAUGAAAGGCAUGAUAAUACUCUUUCAAACUUGCCCACCCGAAGUGGCUCAUUUGCGUAAAGAACUACUUAUAGCUGCUCGACAUAUCUUAGCAACAGACCUACGAAAGCAUUUUGUUCCAAUUAUUGAUAAACUUUUUGAUGAAAAUCUUCUAAUUGGGGCCGGUUGGACUGCUCAUGAUUCACUGAGACCGUUGGCUUAUAGUACUCUGGCAGAUCUUGUUCAUCAUGUGAGAAAUCAGUUAAAAUUCAAUGACCUCUGUUUGGCCGUCAAUCUCUUCAGUAAAAAUAUAAUGGACGAUACACUUCCAUGCUCUAUACAAACUAUGUCCUGUAAAUUGCUUUUGAACUUGGUGGAGUGCAUAAGAUCAAACAGCGAAACUGAAAAUAAAGAAGGAAGAGAUUUACUUAUGAGAAUGCUUGAAGUAUUUGUUAUCAAAUUCAAAUCUAUUACUGAACUCCAGUUACCUAUUCUUCUUGAUAAAUGUAAAACUGAUUCUAAGAAAAAAGAUACCAAAGAAGCUGUGGUUAAGCCAUCAUCAUCAGAUGGGGAUAACAAUAAUGAAGCUAAGACAGCUGACGAAAAAUCUCCGUUGCCAGAUUUUAGUAAAGAAAAAGAUGUUGAAAAAGUUAUUCCAGGCGUUCCAUCCUCUCCUAAUUAUUUGGUAUCCGAAUGUCGAGCACUUGUAAAAACUUUAAUUUGUGGAGUAAAAACUAUCACUUGGGGUACAACAACUUGUAGAACGGCUCAACUUGACGCAGCAUCUGUCCAAAGUAAAAGACUGACUCCAAAAGAGACACUCGUUUUUGUUCGAUUAGUAAAAUAUGGCUUAAGCGCUCUUGAUAUUUAUACGAUAAACGUAACACCUACUGGUCUCCAUGUUAUUAGACCUGCUUCCCUACAAACAUGCAGAACAAAAGAAGAAAAAGAAGUUUUGGAGCAUUUUGGAGGCGUGUUUACUAUGAUGUAUCCGCAAACCUUUAAAGAGAUUUUUGUAAAUACAAUUGAGUUCAUGGUUGACAGAAUGCAAAGCAAUUACUCCAUUCAAGUAGUGGCUAAUUCUUUUCUAGCAAAUGUUCAAACAUCAGCUACGUUUGCAACUAUCCUUGUCGAUUUCUUAUUGACAAGAUUACCUGAUAUGGGCUCGAAUUCGGAUAGAUCAGCACUUUAUUUGAAAUUGUUUAAACUUGUAUUUGGAUCUGUAUCUCUUUUUUCUCAAGAAAAUGAACCAAUGUUAAAACCUCAUUUACAUUCCAUUGUAAAUCAAUCUAUGGAAUUAGCCAUGACUGGAAAAGAUCCAUAUAAUUACUUCUUACUUUUGAGAGCUCUCUUUCGAUCUAUAGGAGGAGGCAGCCACGAUCAUCUUUAUCAAGAGUUCCUACCCCUUCUUCCAAACUUGUUGCAGGGAUUAAAUGGUUUACAGUCUGGACCACAUAAACAACACAUGAAAGACCUCUUUGUCGAAUUAUGUCUCACCGUUCCAGUUAGAUUAUCUUCUUUAUUGCCUUAUUUACCAAUGCUAAUGGAUCCACUGGUUUCUGCCUUAAAUGGAAGUCCAACUCUCGUGAGUCAAGGAUUAAGGACAUUAGAGUUAUGCGUUGACAACUUGCAACCUGAUUUCUUGUAUGAGCAUAUUCAACCAGUUAGAGCAGAGCUUAUGCAAGCCCUUUGGACUACUCUUAGAAAUCCGUCAGAUCAAAUCGCUCAUAUUGCCUUUAGAGUUCUUGGAAAAUUUGGAGGUGCCAACAGGAAAAUGUUAAGUGAACCUCAAAAAUUAAACUACUUAGAUAGAUCAUGUGGUGCACCAACUAUGAGUAUUUUACUCGAAGAUUUAAAAUCUCCAAUAAGUCUGCCAGUGGAAAUGAUAAUCGACACUGCGUACAAUUCAUUAAAACAUUCAAGUACAGAUGAAUACAUCAAGUCUGAGGCUUUGGAUGUCAUUAAAUGUUAUUUAAUAGCUUCCACGAAUUUGGACGAUGAUGUUCCUACUGUUACAAAAAUACUUGAACAUCAGAGUUUUAAAAUUGGACCAAUCAUAAGUCUUUCUUCUAGUACCUUGUAUAAAACAACCGACCCAUCUAUUAGAAAGACUCACGAGAAAGCUCUGUUGUCAUUAUUUAUUGCCUCAUCAGUUAAAUCUCUAGAAAACAAUGUCUUACCAUUUCUACAUGGAAUUAUUAGACAAUAUGUAAUGAUUGCAUGUUGUCAUCAAAGCGGACCUUUUCCCUUAAUGAAUGAUAAAUUGAGCAAAUUGAACGGUUUAGAUCCACACAUACUUGUAGAUUCAAUUUGCUCAGUUUUAGGCCAUGAAGACUCCGAAUUAGAGGAAGCUGGAAUAGUCGGCCUUAAGUUAAUUGUGAAAACAGCAACAGUCGUUAUGACUGAUAUAGAAAGAGCAUGUCAACUACCAUUCUUCGAAUAUUUGUGUGAAAAAAUAACUGAACUAUGCUAUGAAAGAGCCUGGUAUUCUAAGAUGGGUGGUUGCAUUGGAAUUAAAUUUGCCAUAGUUAAUUUUUCUCUUAACUGGGUCCUUGAACAUCAAUAUCAACUCUUAAAAGCACUCUUGUUUGUUUUGAUGGACUUAACUGGUGAAGUCUCCAGUGGUGCUGUUGAUCAAGCCAAAGAGAAUAUAAAGUUGCUCCUGAAACAUUGUGCCCAAAAGAUUAGCUCCGAUAAAGAAAGCCUUCUUGAUUUACAAAAGAAAUCAACAUCGGAUGUCACACAUGAGUUAAUGAGACAAGUAACUUCUCCGAACACACUAGUAAGAGAGCAGUCAGUUGAAUCCUUAAAAUAUGUCGCAGAAAUUAUGGAUGUUCCACUUUCUGAGCUAAUUAUGCCUCAUAAAGAUGUAUUACAGGAUAUGCUACCUCCUAAAAAACAUCUACUAAGACAUCAACCAAUUAAUGCUCAGAUAGGCAUAAUGGAAGGGAAUACGUUUUGUGCAGCUUUGGAUGAAAGAUUUUCAUUAACAGUAAACACAAUUGUAGAGCAUAAAAUUUAUUUUGACGAAUUAUUAAGUAUUUGUGAGACGGAAGAUGCAAUGCUACAAAAAUUUCCUUGUUAUAAGAGCGCUUCAAGCUUAGCUCCUCUCAGGUGUAGCGCUAUGAGAGCGCUAGCCUGUUGUCAUCAUAUAGAGGAAAAGAGGCAAACUAUAUUCAAGAUAUUUUUUAUAGGUCUUAAAUCAGAAAAGAAAGAAAUCCAAGAUACUGCUGUUGCUUGUUUACAAAAAUUUCUUUCAAAGUGCCCAAUAGAAAAUUUGAAUGUUGAAAGCAAUUUGAACGGGCUUCUUGAUGAGAUUAACGGAAAAGAGGCAUGCGCAUUAAAAUUUAUGAACAAUUUAAAAUCUCUUGCCAAAAUAAUUCCUGAAGUGUUCAAGGAGAAUCAUGUCAAUAAUUUGUUGGAACAAUUUGUAACCUGGAUGGAAACAGCUCCAUCAAAGCAAAAUCAAAAAGCCGAAGGAUUUAUUAAUUGCGAUCAUGUUCGAAUAUGCGUUGCUGUCAUUGAUAUACUUCACCUACUUCCUGCAGCUUCAUCAAAGUGUGUUGAGAAAUUAGUACAUACAGUAAUGAAGUGUGAGAAAGAAAUUCUUACGGAAUGUGCUAGUCCUUUUAGAAAGUCUCUCAGAACUUUUCUUUUACGAUAUCCAAACGAAACUGUUGACUUUUUCCUCAGCGAUUCUUUAAUAGUGCAAGAAAAAUACGUAAGAUUCUUUAUUAAUCUCAUAGAGCAUCCGGAUUCAAUCAAACUGAGGAGCUAUUUAGAAGUUCAAGAUAAGAAGUUGAAAAAUCUAUGUAAAAGCGUUUCCCACGGGAGUUCCGAAUUAAGCGACACAACUAAAAACCUAUUACAAUUUGUUGGGAUAAAAAUUGUGAGAAUUUUGGCUGUUAAAAAUGAUUCUUGGUUGUCACAACAAGUUGGAGUAGUUAGUGCUCUCCUUACUGUUUGGGUGUCAGCCAGUUUUCAGGAAAAGCACCAGCAUGUAGACAGUAUUGACUAUGAGCAAUGGGAAGAACCUCAAUUAUUAGUCGAAUGCCUUAUACUUUACUUUCAAUCUUUUCCGAAAAAGUUAGAACUUCUCUUCCAGACAUUAAAAUGCUUCGUGCAUAGAUAUGCAACAAGUAUGCAGUUUGUCAAAGUUUUCCUUGCUAAAACUGUCGUUGAAACUUACUCUGUUCAAUGGAAAAGAGAAGCGUUUUUCAAAUUUGUCGAAAUUUUUCACAAUCCUGACUGGAAUCAAGAUUUAAAAGCCAAUAUCUUGAAACAUGUUUUGUUGCCAAGUUUUGCGCAUGCCUUUGAGAAAGGUCAAGAUAUGCUUAUUGAGGCACCAGAUUCGAAUGGGGAGGAGGAUAGUGAAAACAAUAUUGUUCACUGCUUCAUAGCCAAGAUUAUUGAUCCAGAUAAGCCUACAACAUGCGAUUCGAUCAGAAUCCUUGUCUUACAAUUUGCAUCUCUUCUUGUUGAGUACGCAAGUCACCACAUUCACGACGGAACUUCUUCAAAUAAGAAAGAUGGAAAAGAAGGUAACAAACUACGAAGAUUAAUGACUUAUGCUUGGCCAUGUCUUCUCACUAAAACAUGCGUUGAUCCUUCAACAAGAUACCAUGGCCAUUUACUUUUGUGUCACAUUAUUGCUAAAUUUGCUAUACACAAAAGAAUAGUUUUGCAAGUUUUCCAUAGCUUACUAAAAUCUUACGGAGUCGAAGCUCGAAACGUUGUUAAGCAAGCAUUAAACGUUGUUGUUCCAACACUACCGAAUCGAAUGGAAGAUUCGAAUGUCAGUAUGCUUGUCUUUUGGACCAGAAAAAUCAUUGUUGAAGAGGGACAUUGCGCUGCCCAUCUUACUCAUAUUCUUCAAUUAAUAGUUAGACACUUCAAAGUAUUUUACACUGUCAGAUCUGGUUUGAUUAUGUAUAUGAACACUUCUAUCCAGCGUCUCGCUUUUACACCAAGUUCGAAUAUGGAUAAUCGCAAAUUAGCGGUAGAAGUCUGCGAAGUUUUGAUAAAAUGGGAAAUAAUGCGAAUAAAGGAAGAAGAAGAGAGCAAGAAUAGUGGUGAUGGAAUAGUUGAUGCUAAAAGAGCAAGGCGGCUCGUCGACAAUAAACCUAUGGAGAGAUAUGCUUGCGACAGUGUUGUGAACUCAUUGAUGAAAAUAGCUUGUCAAGUCAAUGAGGCAUCAUCCACGGGACAAGCUGGGGAGCUUUUAUCGAAAAAAUGUGUUCAGCUUAUAAAGUUAGUACUGCGAAGUGAUGUCUGGCCAAACGUUGACUUAAAAUUGAGCUGGUUAGAUAAACUAUUACAAUCAGUAGAGGCAAAUUCUCCAAAUUAUGGCAAUAUUAUGUGCGGAUUGGAGCUUCUCACUAUUCUUACUGGUUUUCUUAAAAAGCAAGAACUGUUAGCUAAUUUGAGAAUAAUGCAGAAAGGACUUACUCUUUGUUUAAGAUGUUCCAACACCAGAGUUAUUAGAACAUUGAAUAUCUUCCUAACAAAGCUGAUGACAAUAUUUCCUACUGAACAUACAGCUUCUACAGUGGCAAGUAAGCACGAGGAAUUAGAUCCCAUUUAUGCUGCAGCCUCUAAAAUAGUAUAUGAGGGAUUAAGCAACUAUGAUAAAGUAGUUGAAAGGUCACAAAAUUCAUCUCCUUCUCAAUUAUUCGGAACCUUGAUGAUACUGAAAGCAGCCUGUGUCCAAAAUCCUGCCUUUAUAGAUAGGCUACUAAGUAUAUUUUACAGAGUAUUGCAAAGAAUGGCCAAAGAACAUCUUACACCUCCAACAAGUGAUACUAACACUGCUUCAAUAACAUGUGAAUUGCUGAUACUCUCUCUGGACUUGGUAAAGAAUAGAGUUGGCUGUAUGGGCGGUGAAAUGAGAAAAAGUUUCAUAGGAACCAUUCUAACUAUGUUAAUUGAAAAGAGCACAGAUAGUAAAGUUAUAAAAGCAAUAACAAAGAUGGUUGAAGAUUGGGUAAAGUCUAAACAAAAUUUGCCAAUGAUAAAUCAGGCUCCAUCAGUUAAAGAAAAAGUUUUACUACUCGUGAAAUUAAUGUCAAAUAUUGAAAAGCGGUUUCCAGAAGAAAAAGAACUUCAGUCUCAAUUCUUGGAAUUAGUAAAAUUUGUCUACUGCGACGAAGAUCUUAGAGGAACUGAAAUAACUGUCAAAUUAGAAGCUGCUUUUAUGUACGGUCUAAGAUGCCCCCAACAUACUAUACGACAGCAAUUUAUGACUGUGUUUGACUCAAGUAUAUCAAGAAGCAUAGAAGAUAGAUUAAUGUAUAUUUUGCAAAGUCAGAGUUGGGAAUCAAUCGGUACCCAUUUUUGGGUUAAACAAUGUAUUCAACUGUUACUAGUUCUCACCUCGAAAAACAAUAGCUUUACGUCAUCGAAUUCUCUAUAUUCAGUACCCUCUAUUACUAGCAUCUUGUCUCUGGCUGACAAAGGAGAAAUGACCUCCUUCCACACUGAGGAAGAAACACAUACAAAGAUGGAAACCGAUGCAAAUGAUGAGGAAUUCACAAUAUCUUCAAUGAUGAAAAAACAGCAGGAAUUUUACAACUUGUGCCAAGAAAUGAAGAUGAGUCAAUUCGCUUCCUCUUUAUCCGAAUUAUGCCACUCCAACACUAAUCUCUCUUAUCAUUUAUGGAUUGAUCUUUUUCCCCGAUUAUAUAAAGUUCUACCGGAACGCAUUCAGACCUUUCUUAAUCAAGUCAUGUCUCAAUUUCUAAUUUCUCCUCAGCACUUACCUCAAAAAGAAGUUUAUCCUAGUGCGGCAAAUUGUUUUCUUGAAGCCAUCUGCAAAUGUCUUCCUCACGUCUCAUUAAAACCGUCCAUUAUCAAAUAUCUCGGAAAAUCCCAUAAUCUUUGGCAUAGAUCAGUUUUAAUGCUGGAACAAUUAGCUAUCGAUGGAUCUUCUAACAACAUUCGCCGUCAACAAACUGAAUAUGAAUUUGAAGUGGGCAUGAGCACGGGUCAGAAUGAAGUGUUUGACUGUCUCUGUGAAUUGUAUUCAUUGCUAAGAGAGGAAGAUAUGGUAGUUGGAAUAUGGUCUAAACGGGCCAAAUAUCCUGAAACUGUUCAAGCUCUAGCUUACGAACAGCAUGGUCACUUUGAACAUGCACAAACAUCGUUCGAAAGCUGUAUGAAUAAAGCUAGACAAGAACAUAAUACUCAAAAUUGUAGUUUGCAACAAUGCCCCGAAUAUAACUUGUGGAUACAACAUUGGAUACGGUGUGCGAAAGAGCUGAAUCAAUGGGAACAACUGCUCGAAUUCUGUAACGUCAAAGGUCAAGUUAAUCCUGAAUUAGCAAUGGAGUGCGCCUGGCAUGUACCUAAUUGGAUAAUAAUGAAAGAUGCUAUUACUCAAGUGGACGGAAAUUGCGCAAAGGAGAUGAACUGGAAAGUAAAUUUAUACAAGGGUUACGUACAUGUGUGUACUCCUGAAGAUCAGCCUUUCCAACCAGCUCAGCAAGUAGAUAAAUUUGUGGAUGCCUGUGGUAACAACGUAAUAAGGGAGUGGCGAAGGCUGCCUCAUAUUGUUUCACACAUUCACGUGCAAUAUUUGCAAGCCUCCCAACAAGUGAUGGAGUUAUACGAAGCAUCUCAAAUACAUCAAAACUUACAAGCAAAUGCUGCGACCACAAGAAGUGGUGCUGCACUCCAUGAUAUGAAAGCUAUUGUUAAAACUUGGAGAAAUAGAUUACCUAUGAUUUCAGAUGACUUAUCUCACUGGAGCGAUAUAUUCACAUGGAGGCAUCAUCAUUAUCAGUACAUAGUGAAUCACUAUAACGCACAGGCUCAGCAAGAUACUUCUCAAAGUUCAAAUGCGAUGCUUGGUGUUCACGCAUCAGCGCAAGCUAUUAUACAUUUUGGUAAAAUUGCUCGAAAACAUUCACAGACUAAUGUAUGCCUUGAUCAGCUUAGCAGAAUUCACACCAUUGCCAGUGUUCCUAUUGUUGACUGUUUUAACAAGAUACGUCAACAAGUUAAAUGCUAUUUACAAAUGUCAUCUGUAUUGGGUAAAAAUGAAUUACAAGAAGGAUUGGAAGUUAUUGAAUCUACGAACUUGAAAUAUUUUACUAAGGAGAUGACAGCAGAAUUUUAUGCUUUGAAAGGAAUGUUCCUUGCCCAAAUAGGUCGUUCAGAAGAUGCUAAUAAAGCUUUUUCAGCUGCAGUUCAAAUGCAUGAUUUCUUAGUGAAAGCAUGGGCGCUAUGGGGAGAUUACCUGGAAGCUCUGUUUACGCGAGACAGAAAUAUUCAAGUCGGAGUUUCUGCUAUAACAUGUUUCCUCCACGCCUGUCGACACCAAAAUGAAAGUAAAUCAAGGAAAUAUUUGGCCAAAGUUCUAUGGUUAUUAACAUUUGAUGAAGCCGAGAAACAAACACUUUCAGAGGCCGUUGAGAGAUAUAAUGUAGGAGUUCCACCUAUCCAAUGGCUUACAUGGAUACCACAGCUUUUAACUUGUUUAAUAAGGAAUGAAGGAAAAUUAAUGCUAAAUUUAUUAACUCAAGUUGGCCGUAUGUACCCGCAAGCCGUUUACUUUCCUAUUCGAACUCUUUAUUUGACUUUAAAAUUGGAACAAAGAGAAAGAGCUGCAAAAACUAGUGCUCCUCAAACACCAACGACACCACAAACACCUAAUCCAUUAAGCACUCAGCAACCAAUAACUCCACAAUCAGCUGAACCAAACGGAGGCCAAACUGCUCAGAGUGGCGCACCAAUACGUGCGACUCCUUCAAUGUGGCGUUGUUCUAAAAUAAUGCAUAGUCAAAGAGAAUCACAUCCUUCUAUUCUUAGCUCCUUAGAAGGCAUCGUUGAUCAAUUUGUAUGGUUUAGGGAACGAUGGCAUGAAGAAGUUCUCAGACAGUUACGUCAAGCUCUAGCCAAGUGUUACACUCUAGCAUUUGAGAGUCGUCAAGUGGUGUCAGAAGCUAGUAUCAGCCCACAUACUCGAAAUUUCAUCAAAAAGAUUGUAUCGACCUUUGGUACUGGUCUCGAACAGGCUAAUACCCCUGUUUCAAAUCCUGGGUCUGCAGCUUCAGAAUCUUUAGCUAGAAGAGCUCAACUAUCUCGACAAGAUCCAGUAUUUCAGAGAAUGAAGCUACAAUUUACAACUGAUUUUGAUUUUUCUCAACCCUCUUGUACUAAAUUACACACCGUUAUGAACAAACUGAAGAAAUGGAUUAAAAUUUUAGAAGCGAAGACAGUUUCGUUGCCCAAAUCUCACCUUAUUGAAGAAAAAUGUCGUUUCUUGAGUAAUUUUUCUACCAGUACGGCUGAAGUGGAAUUACCAGGCGAAUUUUUGCUGCCAAAAGCCUCUCAUUCGCAUUAUUAUGUUAGAAUUGCUCGAUUUAUGCCUACAGUUCAAAUUGUUGAUAAAUAUGGAACAGCAGCCAGAAGAAUAUAUAUAAGGGGUCAGAAUGGAAAGAUAUAUCCAUACUUAGUUGUAAGCGAUAGAAUGAUGACCGAAUCAAGACGAGAGGAGAGGGUUUUGCAACUAUUAAGAAUGCUCAAUCAUUUUCUUUAUAAACAAAAGGAGACUUGCAGGCGAUUGUUGAAUUUCACCGUACCAAGAGUUGUUGCUGUAUCACCUCAUACACAACUCAUAGAAGAUAAUCUAUCUUCCAUUUCUCUUUCUCAUGUAUAUAAACAACUGUGUAUGAAAAGGGGAGUUGAGGCCGACCUUCCAAUAGUAAGAUACUAUGAGAGAGUAGCAACAGUUCAAGCCAGGGGUAACUCGGCUUCUCAUCAAGUUCUACGAGAAAUCCUAAAGGAAGUACAAAAUAAUACUGUUCCAAAAACUCUUUUGAAAGAAUGGGCUCUUGAAAUCUUACCAAAUGCCACAGAAUUUUGGACAUUUAGGAAAAAUCUUACUUUACAACUGGCUUUGGCUGGUUUAGCAGAAUUUGUUUUGCAUUUAACAAGAACAAAUAUAGAUAUGAUGUACGUUCACCAAGACAGUGGAUUCCUGAGUAUCUCCUAUUUUAAAUUCGAUGUCGACGAUCAAAGUGGAGACUUGCAUUCAAAUAGACCAGUUCCAUUUAGAUUAACACCCAAUAUAGCUGAAUUAUUGGCCCCAACUGGUGUCAAUGGCCCACUUGCAGCUGCAAUGCUAGCAGCUGCAAGGUGCUUUGUACAACCUCAAUAUAAAUUCUCAGCUCUACUCAAAGCAAUUCUAAGAGAUGAAUAUAUUACUUGGCAUAAAAAGCAACAAGAUGAAAGAAAUCCUGGAGCCCAGCCCGUAGAUAUGGAAGGUGAAGUACUAAUUCAAAUGGUUCAAAAAGCUACCAGUGCCAUAACAACACGUCUUCAAAGUUUGGCGUCAUUGGACGGUGCAGAUUCAAAAGUAAGCACACUAGUUGCGGCUGCUAACAGUCUGGAUAAUCUCUGUAGAAUGGAUCCAGCUUGGCAUCCUUGGUUAUAA